AUGUUCAGCAAGGACCUACCGGAUCUCGAUGGAUCUUCACUCGCUAUCCGACUGCGCCGUCUCCCCAUCCCCACCAGCAAGGAUAUCGCUCGCAUUCGGGAACAAGGCAGCCAGCAGUGGCUCAACGGCGCCAACUCCAUCACGUACAAGCAUGUGAUUGGAGAUGCGGAGGCAGCGAGUCGCUACCCUCUCUGGGUUCUUGUGUUUUGGGAGCGUGUUCACGAGAUCAGGAAGAUUCGGAGCAUCUGGUCGCUGGUUCAGAAGUGGGUGCAGGAGAGAGCACAGGUUCGGAAGAGCCCAGAGGUUCGGGCAGAGGCGAAGAAGACUUUGGGGUACCUUGCCGAGAUCCCGUGGAACCGAGGCAAGCGGGGAUUGUCGGACCGUAGCCCGAUGCACACCAUGUACCGUUUCCUCCGUAAAACAUGGCUCAGCAGCACCGAUGUUGACGAUAUCCUAGAGUUGUUGCGAGACCAGAUUGCCGGGGACCAAAAGCUUCUCGAGAAGUACAUUGUGGAGGGUGUGAAUCUUGCGGACAAGAUACAACAAGCGUUCAGCCAAGCACCAGCAAGCAGUCAGGACUACGAACAGUCGGCCAACACGCGAUGGAUCUCCGCUGUCGGAUCUGAUGUGUUUGAACUGAAACAGACACUUCUCACAGUCGUACAUCUCGGGACUUACAGCGGCGAGAAGCAUUGGGUGGGAAUCGAGGUGGAUGGAGAAGCUGACAUGCUGCGCUACGGUGAUUCGCUGGGGCAUGAGGCACCGACAGCCUUGACUGAUGCCUUUCGCUGGUGGGCAUCUCAGCACGGCCUUAGCGAUCUCAAAACCGGAUCAUUCGAGAAGAUAUCAAAGCAGACAGAUGGGGACUCCUGUGGUUUUUUUGCGUGCGACACUGUCUUUCGUGCCGCCUUCCCCGAUGCCGUGCCUCUGGAACAAUCAGACUUCCCCGUUCCGCGGCUUGAGAUGUUUAAUCAUCUAGUCGCACGUUCUCUUGAUCGCAUUGCCGAUGAGCGUGCCAGCACUUUCAUAGAGGCGGAGGACAUUUGCUCGUCUGAUGGCAGUGAUGAUGGAACGGAGGAUCUUCCACCGCAGCCGCGUUCGUUCUCGAAGCUUGCCCAGUCAGCACCAGCCUUCACAUUCGAAUGCCAGAGCCCGUCGAAACCUCAAACAGUCAUGGAGGACGAUGUCUCCGAGUUGCACUCGUCGAUGUCUGGGAUCAGUCUCAAACGAGAGCGCGGGAAUCCAGAUGCUCUGACUCCUGCACCGAGCCCUUCCAAAAAGCGAGUGCAGAUAUCUCAUCCAACUCCACGCGACCCACCGCUGCCCAUCAAUCUUCCUACGGCUUAUUCAAAUGAGCAGCCGGUGCAAUCAACUUCCGCGCUUGCCAAUGUCUUCCAGAGUGGAAAGGCUGGGAUGUCAAAGCCGGCCGGGACUCAGUCAAAGGUGGCUGCAAAGACCAAACGAGUCACGAACCUGUCUGAUGACGAGGGGCCACAACCAAGUGUGAGAUCGUUUUUCAAGAGGAUAACCCGCAAGGAGAAGGAUCGCAAGACUGCUCUGGCAAACAAGAAAUUCAGAUCGACUCGAGAGUCGAAAUUGGCGGAGAUUGCGGAAGCCAACUUCUUAGCAAAGAAAGAUAAGCGGGAGCGCAACCGACUCAGCCAGGCAAAGUCCCGCGCCAACAAGAAGGCACUUGCUAUUGCAUCGGGCAUAGAGACCGGGAAAAAACGGAAAGCGGCGGUGUUACGGGACUAUGAUGAUGACAGCGACAUCGACGAUCUUGCUGAGGUGUCUAGACCUGCGCGUAAAUUAUCGCGUAAAUUGCACGCCGAUGCCGGUAGCUCCAAGCCAAAAAGGGGAUGCAAGCCGAAGCACACCGGUCCUCCUGAGGAUGCUAAGCGCGUCAAUUGGCAACAUCCUCUGAUCUGGCCGCAACUUGUCCUUGCUCGCAAGCGCGCGGGUUCAUGGAGCCCGAUUGAUAUCUGGCGGCAAGCUCAGCUUCUCAAUAAAACACUGUUCAAGCGUCUUGCACCCCAGACCAUUGGGACGUGGAUCGAAAGCUCUCGUGGGAUCUCGCAUUGGAGCGAAUCAUGUUUGACUAGGGUGGCAAAGGGAAAUGCACCCGGUGGACAAUCAACGCGCUCAGGCAUCCUGGAUUCGUAUCCCGUCUUGAUCGGUGCAAUUCGGGAUCAGAUCAAUGACUUGCGCGAUCGAGGUGCUCCUCUCACUCUUGUGUCAAUUCGAGCAGUUAUGGUCGCGUUGAUUGAGAAGCACCAGCCCAAUCUAUUCAGUCGUGUCGCGCCUGACAACAGCUCCUUCAAGUGCUCAGAUAGUUUUGUACGCAAGUUCCUGCGGAACUUCAUGGGCUUCAGCCAACGACGUGCCACCCGAGCGGCUCAGAAGAUUCCGGAGAACGUAGAUCGAAUCCUCGAGAUUGCGAAUCUCCGCGAGGCGCUUCUCGUUCGGGACUAUAAUAUUCCUGCUGCCUUGAGAGUCAAUUCUGAUCAGACACAGAUUGUCUACCAGCAAGGGACAAAGACGACCUGGAGCAAACGCGGUGCAAAGCAAGUUAACACGGUCGGCAUGGAAGAGAAGCGCGCAUUCACUCUCUUCCCCUCGAUUGCCACCGAUGGGACACUGCUACCUAUGCAGGCAAUAUUCUCGGGUAAAACCACUGCUUCAUGUCCUCACAAGAACGCUCCACGCUAUGACGAGGCUUCGAAGCUCGGAUUUCGCUUUGAGCCCUCCGGGAAUGGAACCUAUUGGUCGACUCACACAACAAUGCAUUCGUUCGUUGACAACAUCCUUGCCCCACACUUCGAAGACACGAAAGCGAGGCUGAAACUUCCGGAGACUCAGUACAGCCUUUGGAAGAUCAAUUGCGGGUCUGUCCAUCGGUCAGACGAGUUCCUGACUUGGAUGAAGGCGAGUCAUCCUCGUAUCCUGAUCUGUUUUGUUCCUGGUGGUUGCACCGGCCUUUUCCAACCUCUCGACGUUGGAGUCCAGCGGGUGAUGAAGCAUGCUAUGAAGCUCUCAGCCCAUGAAGAUGUCGUUGCAGAAGCGUCUUCGCUGCUGAAGUCCAGCGCACUUGUGGGCAAAUUGGACACUACAGUUACGACUCUACGCGAUCGGUGUGUUGGAUGGAUCAUCGAUGCGUUCCAUGCCUGCAACGAUCGAGAGUUGGUUCAAAAGGCCUUCGAAAUGUGCCGCGCUGGGGAUUUCAACUCGUCGCAUGCCAGCUUGACAUCUCCCAAGAUGCUUGAGAUCUUGCGAGAACUCCCGCGGACUGAUCCAGAGGCGUCUGUGCAAAUCACAUCCACGGAGAAGCAAAAGAAAAAAACGAAGGCCAAGGCUGCACCGAAGUCCGACUUGGAGGAGAAGAUGGAAUAUGAAGACGAAGAGGAAGAGGAAGAUUUUCCAGACGAAGAAGAGCCCGAUACGGAACACGGCCAAUCACCUGACGAAAGCGAUGUCCCCCUCGCUGUCGUGCGAAAUGUCGUUCUCAAUCCACACGAGAACCUGCCAGAAGGUUAUGAUCUUGACGACGAGGAAGGCAUCAUCAGGACGGGUGUAGUCGAGGAGGUGAAUUUUGGAACUGAGGUGGCUGAUCUUCCAAUCUUGACUAGGCGGAAACGUCGCAACAUUUGCGUGUUGGUGAUGGGUUUUGGACUUGAUCACUCUCUGGUGAUUGGGUCACAUGAUCAUUUGAUUCCAUCUGAUCCUAUCACUGAUCCUAUCACUGAUGAUAUCUGA